ACGUCGUACUUGUCCCAUACAGGGGAGGAGGUGCCACGUCAUGCCCCCCCAAAGGAAGACUGCAAAGCAGUGGGAAUUGGGCUUUAAAAGAGAGAGAGACACCAUUCGAUUCCGUCCAUUCGAAUUGAAGGAGGGAGAGAGAUGAAGAAAGAGGAGGAAAAAGAAGAGGAGGAGUGGGAGCAGAUGCUCGAAGCCACUUUUUCCCGCCCCAAAAACCCUGUCUUUCAUCCCAACUCCUCAAAUAACAACCCUAACCCUAACCCUAAUCGUCCUCAAAACGAUGAUGUUCCUUCCCCAUCAUGCCUCAUCUCCUUUCAGUUCCCUGGUUGGGAACUUAAUUUCUCCCCCCAAACCACGAAAGACUACCCUCUCAAGCACCACCCUCACUCUUCUUCCUCACCUGAAAUGAUCAAUCCCCCUAUCAAUUCUAACCCUAAGUCUUCUUCCUGCUCUUCCUCAACUGAAUCGAUAAAUCCCCCUAUAAACCCCAACCCUAAUUCUUCUUCGUCUUCUUCAUUUGAAGUAAUCAAUCCCCCUACCAAACGCCGCCCUCGAACCUCUUUUGAGAGUGAGGAGGAACGAGUUGAAGAAUCGAGGAUUGUGAGGGUUCUCCCAUUGGAAUGCUGGUUCCAUAUCCUCUCACUUACCUCGCUGCGUGAUGUCUUCUCUCUCAUGCAAACCUGCCGCUCCCUCCACCAUCUCGCCUCCUCCAAUGACCAUGCCUGGCUCCGAUUCCGUACCCCCACCUCCAACUCCAGGUUGAUUUCUGUCAAGAGCUCUUUCUUGGGGAGUCGGUUGCUGCAAAAAUGCUCCUACUUCUCAAGAGUCUCCGAUCACAUCAAAUCUUCCCUCAGUUCUUGGUGGGAUGUUAACGAUGGGGAUCCGUCUCCAUUUCAGCAUACUGUGAAACCGGUGUCUUCCCUCAUUCGCAAGAUGACCUCUCACAAUUGGGUAGUCACUUACGAAGUUAUUGCUUCGGUUUUCUCAGAGCGGGCCGACAUUCUUGCUGAACAAAUACCCGCCAAAUUUGGAAGGGAUAUUAUGCAUGAAAUAGGAUCUAAUUACGCAAUGACAACAGAGAUGAAUGCAUCAUGGUCAUUCUCUUACAAAGACAUCUCGCAUUCUUCUUCUUGGAGGAGCAGGUGUUUUUCAAGUACACAGUGUGGUAGCACAGCUAGUUCAAAUUUUGGUGGUCAAGUAUUUGAUCCUGGCUUUCUUGAUUCUGUUGGAGGUCCAGUAGGGAAGGCGUCUUGGUCCCUUGUUCUGGAUCUUUGGAGUCAGUAUAAGCAGUGGCUGCUUUUGGUAUCUGCGCUUUGUCGUGAUCUCAAUUAUGAAGUCAUGGUUGAGAGAGCGAGGCCAAUGACUUGGUCAGCAACACCAGCAAUCUAUGAUAAAGGGGUCAUUUGCUUCAGGGAUCAGGUUCUCACACGCUAUGGUAUCCGGAGCAUGCUCCAAUGCGGAUUGUCUUAUCUAAUCAAACGUGAUGCAAUGGACACCGCACCUGAGAGCGAUUCACGGUUGUUGCGUGACAUCUUCCAUCUCUUACAGGAAGCAGAUGUUUCUGAUGACCACACCCUCCCUGCCGUUACACAUACGAGAUCGAAGCUUAGACGAUGUUUCCUAUUGAAUGGAACUGGCAGUGGCAGUAGGAUUUUACAGUAAAAUUUUGAGGAAUUAUGGCAUAUUUAUGUAUUUUUUUCUUUGAAAGAUUAUCUUGACGACCCUAAUCUUUGAGCUAAGAAGCAAGAACCCUGUAGCUGUGAGGUCACUCCAUGCAAAUAAGUUUCUGUACAAUGUAAAAAUAGAAUUGGAAAAAUGUUCCCUUCUUUGGUAAUUAGGAUUUGUAAUUUCUUAACUCGCUAUUAUCCUGCAGUUAUGUGUUCCUAUGUAUCUCAUAUACACAGAUGCUUAUGAUAUCGAUCAGUUGAAUCAGGCA